AUGAAUAAUUGUAAAACCUCUAAAAUACCUGUAACGGUGGAAUAUGUUUUAAGUUCAAUACAAGAUCGGAUAAGCAAUGCAGAUGUGAAAACACUUUCAGAUGAAGAUCUUUUAACCUUGCAUUCAAUAUUUGGCGCUGUACUACAAAGGGCACUAGAUAUUUUGGAGAAAUACCCUACAUUUGUCUCCUACUGUACGGGAAAAACUCUUUGCAGCUUGUUAAAAGCAAUACAAUUUCAAGAGUGCGCCAUAUUUUGCGCUAUGCCAGAGGGUCUGAAGCUGACUGUGGAAGAAGGAAAGUGUGUACAAGCUUCAGCUUAUGUUCCAUCUGAUAACUUCACCGAAUACCAUGUUAGAGACGAUGUUGAUGUUAUGUUUAAGAUAAGCAUAGCUGUGUUGGCUGAAUGUCUCAACAUAUUUGGCUCGGGUGAAGAAUCAAGUCUUAAAAUGUACUAUAGGUGUGAGGGAUCUCCACUACUUUUAGUCUUGCAGCCGCAGUCCGUCCACAAUGUGAUGACGGACUGCGAGAUCGCCACCCGAACGGCGGACUCGCUGCUCGACCUGCGCGACGAGGGCGCGGCCGAGGUGGCCAAGCUGGUGCUGAAGGCGCCCGCGCUGCUCGCCCUGCUGGCGGACCUGGAGCGCUCCAGCGACGUGCUGGAGCUGCACCUGUCGCCGGAACACCCCAACGUCAGCAUCGUCACCUACGGGAUGCAGGACCGCUCAUGUAUAGACAUGCCGAAGUCGUCCGAGAUGGUGCAAAGCUUCAGCUGCGACGAGGCGGUGACCUUGAAGUACCAGCUCCACCACGUGCGACUGAUGAUGAAGGCGCUCGCUUUAUCAACGAAGGUCGUUCUAAGGUUCAGCUCGAACGGUCUACUGCUGCUUCAGCUCAAAUUGGAAAAAGAGGACCAGAGGCAGAUGUUCUCCGAGUUCUACAUCGUACCUUUAUUGGAUGAUUAC